AUGAUGCUACAAGAUGGCGAGAGACUGGAGAACGCGAUCCAAAAUGGCGGAAGCUCCACCUGCGACUCCUGCGCGCAUAAACCGCAAAUCAGACACAAGAGAAUGGUAAAUGGAAAGCCGGUACAAAAUGGCGAAUUCCCUUGGAUAGUUGCGAUAAUGAAGAACAUGCAGUACCGGUGUACAGGGAGUCUGAUAACGCCGAGACACGUUAUCACGGCUGGGCAUUGUUUAAUAAGGGCAUCCCCGGAAGACUUCGUCGUGAUUCCGGGUCGAUUUCGAUUGGCUGGUUACGAGGAAUCGGAAACCGUCGAAGAAUAUCGAGUGAAGUCUCUCCACGUCCACGAAAACUUCGACACAACCAAAUUUGACAAUGAUAUUGGCCUAAUCGAACUAGAGACGCCUGUAGACAUGAACGUGAAAAAACGGUUGAUUUGUUUGCCCGUUGACAAGUACGUAAACUAUAGUGGAAUGGUUGGAACUGCCGUUGGUUGGGGAAAAGCGAGCAUAUCUAACCCCUCGUUACCGGUGAUCGCCCUCAAAGUUAGUCUCUUGAUUUUGACAAACGAGGAGUGUGCACGGAGUUGUCACGAGAGGAUGCAAAUUACGGAAAACAUGUUCUGUGCUGGAUACCUGGACGGUGGGAAAGAUGCCUGCGAUGGAGAUAGCGGUGGACCGCUUCAAGUAACGCGGGACUAUGAUAGCUAUGAACUAGCAGGUAUCGUCUCAUGGGGAGUCGGUUGUGGACUGAAGGGAUAUCCAGGAGUUUACACGAAAGUCAUCAACUAUCUACAAUGGGAGUCUGCGAGCAAUCGAACCGGCAGGUUCCUCUUCGACGAGAUCUUCGGUAUAGACGUAACUGGUCCAUCCGAGGCCGACGACGAGAGGCUCAGGAAUUGUUCUUGCGAAUGUGGAGUGACGAACCAGGAGAUCCGCAUCGUCGGGGGGAAGCCAACGACUCCUCACAGAUAUCCAUGGAUAGCACGUCUGGUGUACGAUGGAAAGUUCCACUGUGGAGCCAGUCUUGUCACCAACGACUACGUGUUGACAGCAGCGCAUUGUUUAAGAAGGUUGAAGAGGUCGAAGAUCCGCGUCGUCCUCGGAGACCACGAUCAGUACGUGAACACGGAGGCUGUAGCGGUAAUGAGAGCAGUAAGUACGAUCAUUCGCCACAGGAACUUCGACAUGAACUCCUAUAACCACGACGUGGCCCUUCUGAAGCUGAGGAGACCCGUGAAGUUCUCCAAGACGAUCAAGCCGGUGUGUCUACCGCAGUCGGAAGCUGAUCCUGCCGGCAAAGAAGGGACCGUCGUGGGCUGGGGAAGGACAAAAGAAGGCGGCAUGCUUCCUGGCGAGGUUCAAGAAGUCCAGGUUCCUAUUUUGAGUCUUCAACAGUGCAAGCAGAUGAAGUACCGUGCCAAUAGGAUAACCGGGAACAUGAUCUGCGCCGGAAGGGGGAAACAGGACUCUUGCCAGGGGGACAGUGGAGGUCCUCUUCUCGUCCACGAGGGAGAUAAACUGGAGAUCGCUGGAAUCGUGUCAUGGGGCUACGGGUGCGGCCGGCCAGGAUACCCUGGGGUUUACACGAGAGUCGCAAAAUAUCUAAACUGGAUCCGCAUCAACAUGAAGGAGUCUUGUCUCUGCGAGAAAUGA